CGCGCAGCCAGCAUGUGGAUGAUUCAUAUAUCAUCCUGGGGGCUCCCUCGGCGGUCUGUGUCUGGGUCCCCCGAUGGUGGAUGGAUAUCAUAAAUCAAACAACAUCACGAACGCUCCAGCAGCAGCAACAACCAGACACCCCAACGCCCACAUCAACAAAGCAGCCCCAAACCCAAGACAAACAGGCCCACCGGUUGCGCCCACACUCACACUUACACGCCGCAGCCAACACCAAGGCCACCACCAACAACCAACACCAGCACCACCGCGCCGCAACCAACUCUGGUUUCCACAAGGGGGUAUAUCAAGGCCACCGCCGCCCUUGACGCCCUUGACGCCUCGCUGGUCAACCGCACCAGCCCCACGCACCACCACAUACUGCGCCAGAGCACGCUCUUGCUCCUCACAAAGCCCUCUCACAAUGUCCUACGGGUCAUACAGCUCCUCCUCGCCCAUGGAGAUCCCGUCGCGCCGCAGCGCCUAUCACAACUCGUACCUCGACGAGUCCUGCGCCUUCCCAAGCUGGCCACGCCGCGUCUCGCUGGGCGAGCACGCCAGCGACCAGCCCCGCGCGACAUCCUACAUCUCGGACGAGGACCUGCUCUUCCUCUCAGAGCCCGUCUUUGCCGACGAGGACGCCCACUCCGUCUCCAGCUACGGCUCCGGCACCCCAUCACCGCGCCUCGCCCCGGUCCGCCACAUGGGCGGCGCCGAGCUCGAGGAGAUGAGGCGCGAGCAGGCCCUCCGCCAGCAGGAGCUCAUGCGCUCCGUCAUGGCCGAGAAGGAGAUGCGGCGACAGGCCGCCAGGGCCCACAAGCAGCGCAAGUCCUCGUCCAAGAAGGCCUCGAGCCCCCGGUCCAAGCUCUCGGCCAUGACCCCCAUCGCCGAGGCCGUCGAGUGAAGGGGCGUCGCCUCCAGGAGGCGCCGGCUGCCUUGCUGACAGCCGUCCUCGGCCGCCCCAGGACGCACUCGUACAACUCUGACUCUUACUCAUCUAAUCGGGCCCAUCCUUCGGUGAUACCCCUCCAGCAUCCAUCUGUUCUAAAUUCAUUCUACUUGGCCCGACCCGACAAUCCGCCGGCACCCCACGCAUCCAACAGGACACCCCCAUUCCGCCCUGCAUCUGCCUAAUCUUUUGGGCUCUUCUCGGUAAACAGCCAGCCACCCUUGCCCUGGACCCCUUUUCUCGGACGUUACACCUUUGGCCCUCACGAUGCACACCUGGCCGAGGCAGCAGUGGUGAUGACAAAGCCCGAGGCACCACACAGGAUGCUCACGUGGCUGCUGGCCGUGGUGUCGUGCUAGAGUCACCAGUCUCCGAGUCAUCUGCUUUGGCCUGGCGCUCGACACACUUGACUUGGUUCCCCGUCGAGCACGCGCAGCCUGCCGAGACAUACUCGCCGGGUGCGACCUGGGCGUCGAUCUUGUGCCGUUUGGGGUUACCCGGAUCUGGCCCUCGCCUAUUUUACCUCCUCCCUUGUCGACCCUUUCGGCAAACCGGGCUGGCACGCGGCGGUGUGCGCCGCGGCGCGACCAAGACCAGCCAUCGGGAUGGAACGGGCUGCGACUUGCGGACAUGCGGAGCAGCCCUCCCCUUCCCCCACACCGUUACACAUUUCAGCCGGAUAUCCAUCGGGAUUUCUUUCCUGACUCUCAAUCAAAUCACCCCCAAACUUUUAAGCUUCCGAGACUUCUCGACUCGGCUGCGUCACCCGUGCCAACCCUGGGCUGGCCUCGGGCGCGCUCGGCCAAUUCAUCCACACACUCACACACUCACAAACACAAACUCUCGCUCUCGCUCACCGGCAAGGGCAGCGGUUUUGCGCCAUCAUCCUGCAACCGCCCAGCCGGGCCUUUUCGCACGCCAACCGUGCCGGCUAGGAAAGUCAAAUUGCACUUUCGGGAUUCAAUUUCCACCGUUUUUUAUUAUUCUUUUGCUUUCUUCCUUUUUUUUACUUCUGCUUGGAUACGCGGCGACGAACAGCACAGGGUGACACAGAACAUAUCACACAAACGGAGUCUAGGGUGUGUCACCGGCAUCGGAGGACACCAGCAUCAUCAUGGUUUCGGUAUAUCAAGCGAGCGAUUUUUUGGGCUUAUUCCUUGUCUUUCCACACAUAGCUAGGAGUUCAUGUUUGAAGGCGCACACAGAGGAGACAGAUGCGCUUGCCAGCGUGUCCAGUCACCUUCGGCGUUGGUCCUUCUCUGCAUCCAUUUUCCUGGCAUCUUAUUUAGGUAGUCUUAGCAUUUCGGUAGAUACCCCCUGCCCGUCACCUCGAGUGCACGCGAGCCUUGAUAGCAAGUCUUUCAUCAAAUCAUAUUGAUCACACACACACA